UCUUGAUGUUAAAAAGAAGCCAGCAGAAAAAGUCUGUAUGGUUCUCAAAUGCGUCUUUUGUUCUUAUAUGGGCAAAGAGGGCCACACAAGCUGUCAAUCUGUAAAAAGAGCGCAUGAUGGAUCACUGGAUUCACUGCGCUGCUUUGGAGUCUGGCGACGAGAGGCCGAAGAAACGAUUUGGUAAUAAGCCAAUUUAAGCAACAUUUUAUAUACAUACAUACAAAUUUCCCCGUCGUGGGAUGAAUAAAGUAUAAUCUAAUCUAAUCUAAUCUAAUUUACAGCGAGUUUUUAAUGUCGAUAUUUUUCUUUCUCAAGUUUUAAAAUGAAGCUAAAUAAGUGCUCAACAAAAAUAAAUAAAACAGCAUCCAUUUUAAAUCAAGACAUUUAUAUGAUGAAAUAAUACCUAGAUGUUAAUAUUUUGUAUUACUUGCUUUUAAGAUAAAAUACUUUAUUGUCCCCAAGGGGGGAAUUUAGCUUGGUCCAUAGUGCUGCACAUCAACUUAAACAAUACAGCCAAUAAAACACAGCAGUACACUAAAGACACAGUCAGGAAUUGCACACAACACACAUACUACAUGAAACAUAAGUGACCAGUUGGAAGUGACAUACAACAUGGAAAUAUGGCAUAACAUUUGACAUCUUUGACAAUAAUAAUGUAUAAUGUGUGUCCUCUUUUAUAGUUUUUGGAUGCCAUUGUUAUAAUAUUUAUAAUGAGCUACUUUUCAUCUUAUCACUGUUAUUAUGUUAGCCUAUAGUCAUUAUUUUAAUGUUUUUUGCCAUUCAUUUUUCAUGAUCAGCUCUGCUAACACUGUCUGAAACUGUGUCCUGAUGUUUGUGUUCUUAUCAGAUGGAUGGGUGAGUUUGAUUGAAGCAUUUGUCAUGUAAAUGCGAGCCAUUUGAUGGACGAGCGCGCAGACUUGACAGAGUGCUGGAGGUCCUUUGCCAUUGGCGUUUAGCGGGUCACAUGGUGUGUCAGGAAGGUGAUAUGAGGGUGGAAGGCAGUUUUACAGCUUUGACAUACUACCUAGAAGGUUAGGGCAAAGGGAGCACCGAUUAAUGACUGCUCAGUCUUGAUCAGUUGGGAACAAACAAUAGGCCCAAGGAUGAACUCCUACUUAGACUACCCCGUGUGUAACCGGGGUGCAAACAUUUUCAGUGCCAAGGCCGGAUACCACAACUUAAACCAUGGAUACAUGUCGUCCAACUCGUGCGCAACAAGUGAUAGUUACGCGCCGGACGGGCGUUUAGUUGCUUCAACUUCUGCGCCACACCAGACCCCGAGCCUCCCUCUGCACCCCCACCAGACACACGUCAACCUGGAUCUGCAGUUUGCAACACCGGGAAACUGCAUGUAUGGCUCACCUCUGGAGUACGGACAUCACCAGUACGGCCUCGCACCCGAGCAGGACCGAAGCUUCAUUCAUGCGCAAGUCUCCCCCCUCGGAACAAACAUGGCUCCCUACACCGGGGACAGUUGUGGACCUGGAGUCGCAACAGGCAGCCAGUAUCUACAUUUUGGAAACGGAGAUCAGAGGCAGCAAGAAUAUCCAGAAAGUGUUUACACAAGGUUACCGCCCCAAAGUAGGGAGAAUGAUUUGGACCAUGUGGAGGAAACCUCUAAAACAUUUGACUGGAUGAAAGUGAAGCGGAAUCCACCUAAAACAGCUGUCCACUCGGAGUUCGGGGUCCCCGGCCAGCACAACGUGAUCCGCACCAACUUCACCACCAAGCAGCUCACCGAGCUGGAGAAAGAGUUCCACUUCAACAAAUACCUGACGCGGGCACGGAGGGUGGAGGUCGCCGCCAGUCUGGAGCUCAACGAGACGCAGGUGAAAAUCUGGUUUCAGAACCGCAGGAUGAAGCAGAAGAAACGCGAGAAACUGGGCUGCGUUUUGGUUAACACUCCGGCACCUGUGGAGAAACUCUCCGGCCCUGACACUUCUCCAAAGGGAAAAGGAAAAGACUGUGAACCAUGAUGUGACUUUUGAAAAGAAA